AAUCCAAAGGACUGACACCCGAACACCUUGGCCAUCCUUGCCAUCCUUCGGUUCUUCCCGCUCUUCCCGUUGAAGAAAGUCUUUCUAUUGGAUUUGCGUCCUGUUUGUUGCUCCUGCUGGAUCAAGAGCCAUUCCACUGCAUCAACAUGGUCCAUUCAAUGACAAUUUGCUUUGGAUGCUUCACGGCUCCAAAAAGAUUGUGACUGUUUCUCCUUCUUCAACAGAGUGGCUCUACGAGAGGCCUGAAUUUGGAGGCAGCGAGUAUGCAGACCGAGUCUUCUCUGCUGACGUUCUGGAGCCUGAUGCAGGUGUUCAACCAGAUGUCCGGCAUGUUCGUGGCAUGGAAGGAAUCAUUUCUGCGGGUGAGCUGAUCUAUCUUCCUGUCAAUGUCCCGCAUGCUAUUCAGACACAGGAUGGGACAAGCGUGAUGCUUGCCUGGCAAAUGCCAGUUCCUGGAAUAGCGCGACUAUUCUGGAUGAAGACAUGCUCUUUCUUGGAGGAGUUGUCUGAUUUCCCACCAUGGGCUGAGAAAUGCGCAAUCUUGAAGAAACUGAUGAGCGAGAACCAAGAAGCUUCAGAUUGAACAGGGAAAAAAC